AAUUGGAUGGGAAAAUGGGAAAAAAAGGAUUCAAACUUUCAUUCUCCACACUCUCUCUUUUCAAUGCCUUCGGCCACCUCCUCCUCCUCCUCCUCCUCGUUCUUCCUCUUUUCUGUGUUCAUCAGCCCCAUUUUCUUUCCUCUUCCAUGCCCAAAGCAAAGCAAGAGAACAGCUCUUCAUAGCUGUCUGUGAUAGGCAAAAAGAAAAAGUAGACAACAGGGGAAAGUUGCUGCAGAGGAGAUAAAGCUCCGUCCCUCUCCUGUCAGACGACAAGAUUCCCAUUCAUCCAUCCCCAACCCCCCCACUCGCCCUUUCUAAAUUUGCAAUCUUGGAGGUGGGGUUUGCUCGGACAUUUUGAUCCGUGUCCUGUUCCAGCUGGUCGUUGAUUUUCUUCUUCUGGGCAUUGCUCGUUUUCAUCGCCCCCCCUGGAAAAAUCUCAACUUUCAGCCCACGGACGGACACUUCCCUGAUCGUUGCCGAUUCUUCUGUUUUUCACUGUAAAGGAGCAGAUUGAAGGGGGGAGAGAGAAGGGGAGAAUUUGGUUGGUCUUUGAGCUAUGGAUGUUGUUGUUGCAAUCAGGAAAUUGGUGAUCGUUUCAGUGAGAAAAUGUUGCAGAUCAGUUCACAAUCACCCGUUCUUGGUGGGUUUCGUCUGCUUCUUGUUCUUGCUAUACAGAUCAUUCCCUGUUCUGUUCUCUCUUUUGGUGUCAGCAUCCCCAAUUUUGGUAUGUACUGCUGUUCUCCUUGGCACCCUCUUGAGCUUCGGGGAGCCUCGCUUACCAGAGAUUGAGAAGGAAGAGCGGGUUUCCCGGGAAAUGUCUCCUCUGAAGACUGGAGUUUUUGGGAAUUCCACUGUUGUUAUGAGCAGAGAUGAAGGCUCUACUGCGGAGAGGUUUAUCGACGACAAGAGGGAUAUAAUAGAGAGAGCGAUUGAACGAGUGGUCAGUGCGAAUAGUGAGGCGCGAAUGCUUGGUAAAGAAGACGUCAUGCUUGAGAGCACCCCACUGAUCCAUGAUCAUAGUUCUCUCAGCACCCGAGGAGGAAAUGAGAAGCGUGAAUCUGAGGGAGCAGAUAGGGAAGAUGAAGAAGACGAAGAUGAAGAGAAAGGUCGGGAUCUUGAUGGCAGUGAAAUCAGGGAGCAUCGCUAUAGUUUGAUAGAUGACGCGGGAGAUGAUGUUCGAGUUGAGAAUGGUGAGUUGAAGAGAGAGCUGACUGAUGCUUAUGUUGAAAGCUCAUUAGGUUCUAAAUUCAAAGGAGUUGACAAGGAAGAGGAGGAGGAUGAGGAGGAGGAAGAAGAAGACGAUGAUGAUAACUUGUCACAUUCUGAGUCUGAUCACGCAGAGAGCUCUUCACCUGACGCUUCAAUGGCUGAUAUUUUACCAAUGCUCGAUGAGCUCCAUCCCCUCCUAGACAGGGAAGACCCACAGGCGAAUGCGAGCCGCAAUGAGUCUGAUGUUGCCUCAGAGCGUUCCCGCAAGAGUGAAAAUGGGCAUGUGGAGUCUGACAAUGACAGUGAUGACCUAGAAGGAGAAGAAGAUGGUGAGAUUGAGAAUGAUGAAGAUGAAGAGGAAGAGGAAGAAGAAUCUCAGGCUGGAGUAAAAGAAGAUGCGAGCAAGUCCGCUAUUAUCUGGACUGAGGAUGAUCAGAAGAAUCUAAUGGACCUCGGGACCUCCGAGCUUGAGAGGAACCAAAGGCUUGAGAACCUGAUCGCUAGGAGGAGAGCAAGGAGAAUGAUGGCUGAGAAGAACCUCAUAGACUUUGAUGGAAGCGAUCUCCCCUUCAAUGUCCCAUCAAUAGCAACAACGAGACGGAAUCCUUUCGAUGGGCCUGAUGAUUCGUACAGCGAUAUGGGCCUCCCGCCCAUACCUGGGUCUGCCCCCUCUAUCUUGUUACUUAGGAGGAACCCGUUCGAUCUCCCCUAUGAGCCCAACGAGGAAAAGCCUGAUCUCAAAGAAGACAGUUUCCAACAGGAGAUCGUUGCUGAUCCACCAACACAGCCUCCUUAUCACAACCAACAAAAAGACAAUUUCUUCUUCCGUAGGCAUGAGAGUUUCAGCGUGGGGCCCUCGAGCCUGGGGCUGUCAAGGCAAGAGAGGCAUGAUGUUAAGUGGAAGCCUUAUUUUGUUCCUGAACAUUUUGCCUCUGAAGGGACAAGUUUCCAAUCCUUUGAGAGGCAGUCUAGUGGGAUGAGCGAAUCAAAGGCAAGUUCUGUUCCUGACACUGAGUCAGUGACUUCAGCUGUGGAUCACGAAGAUAAGAUGGUCAAUGAACCGGAGGAGUUUAUUCACGAAACAGAGGAGAUGUCCAAUGUGGACAGAGCCUCUCUGCUUGUAGAACAUGGGAGCGCGACUUCUGAAGAUAUUGACGAUCGGGAAAUUGAUGAAGAGGAGGAAAAGAAGAGAAAUGCUCGCCAUGAUGAGGUCGAGAUAACCCUGGGUGAUGCUGAAGCUGAGACUGAGAGUCCACAUGAUAUUGGGUCGAACUUGUCUGAGGAGGGGAUUGGAACCUCUGCUUCUGCUCCUCCGUUCAAUGUCAACGUGAAUGGGUUUGAGGAGAAAAGAGAGCGAAUUGAACAAGAAGAAGAAGAACCACAAGUAGAGGAUAAGGAGGAGCAGCAGCAGCUGGAGGAGGAGAAGGAGGAAGAGGAAAAAGAAGAGUUGAAUAGCAGCAGAUCAGGAUCUAGCUCCUCGUCAGUUUUCUCAGAAGUAGAUAAGAAGAUUGAUGAGGUGAAGAAGGAAGGAGAAGAAGCUUCGAGUUUGCAACUCAACUACCCAAACGAAGAACUCAGACCUCAAGUUGAAGACGUGGAAUUCAGUUUCAUGACUGAUUAUCAUAAGGAGCCUGUCUACGACUCGAGUCCGAAAUAUCUCUCUUUCUCCUCUGACUCAUCAGACCUGCCAGCACAUACAGAGUCAGAAGUAUUCGAGGAGAACAUGCAGAACAUUGAUCAUGAUAAUGGAAAUGAUACGAGGAAUACGGAAGUUACAGAAAAUAGAGAAGAUAAUUUCCAUCGGAUUGAGUCGUUGGGGUCUGAAGAAGAAAUAUUAGCUUAUCAGAGCGGGACAUCAGUUGUGCGUGAAGCUGACAAUGAGCAAGUUUCAAGCUUCUCGAGUUCGCCUUCAUCGGGAAUUGAAUCAGUCGGAAAUGACUUGGUGAAUGAUUCAUAUCUCCACCCUGAGCACAAUACAAUUGAAACUCAGCCUUCCAAUUUGUCUUCUGUAAUGACCGAGGUUGCGAUGGAUGUCGAAGAACCAUUUCCAUCUGAGCAGGCAAAAACUGACUCACCAUCUCACGAGAUGUUGGUGGACAAUAUUAGAUCAAACCAUGACCAGGUUCAGCGUGAAGAGCAUCAAGUGAUCGAGGUGGACAUGGAUGUUCAGUUUCAUGACACAGUUGAGCGCAGGGAUACACCAGCCUCGAGCCAUUGGAACAUGCUAUCGGACUUGUUAGGCGAGCCACACGAUGGAGAGCAUCAAUUUGUUCAUCAGGAGAGGUCUGUGCCACUCCAAGAAUUGUCAGAAAUGUAUGAGGAGCAGUUGGUCUCCGAUGGCCGACCAUCUUUUGAUGAGACAAAUGAAGAAUUGGAACCAUCUGUUGUCCUUGAAGAAUCUGCCGAAGAAAUUAUUGCAACCCACAGUCAAAAUCCUGAGGAAACCCAUGACGAUGGGGGUAAAGAAUCAUUAGUUGUCUCUGCCUUAACUUCUAAAUCUCCCUCAUUCUCUUCAAGUUCCAACUAUGAGUCCCCAACUGCUGGACCCGAUUCGAGAGAUCAGACAGCUGGUGGGAAUGAAUAUAGAAUCCUCCAACGUCAGAUCACAGAGUACUAUGAUCCUUCGUUAGAAGUAUUUGGGACCCUUGCCCUUGACGAAGCUUUGAAUGAGGGAGGCCAUGAAGAUAUCAAGGACAUUGAUGAAGGGUUUCUGAUGGAACUGGACACUGUUGGGGACUUUAGAAUCGAAGAGACUGGCAACAGGUGCCAUAGUCCUGAGCUUGUGCAUGAGGACAGUAAAGGUGAGCACUCUGAAAGCAAGUCACUGCACCUGUCCGUAGGUAGCUCAAACCUACCGGUUCUUGAAGCAAGAUCUGUUGAAGAUAUCACGAUGGCCUUUAGGCAAUUGGAUGAAGGAGCAGAUGUUGAGGAAGUCAUCCUUCCCAGUUCGAUAAACGAUGACUGCAAAGCUCUUGAAGGAACAGAGUCGGGUUUGCCAGUUAUAGAGGCUAGGUCUUUUGAUGAUGUUCAUGUCGUAAAGCAUAGUGUGGAAGAGCUCGCUGAAGAAAUGGAUGGAAAAUCUCCCAGUGUGGAGGAUUCUGUUUCAAAAGGAAAUAAUGAUAUCGAUGAAGUGAAAGACUCAAAUAUUCCAAGUCCAAGCCCCGGUAGCUCAAACUUACCGGUUCUUGAGGCAAGAUCCGCUGAAGAUGUUACCAUGGCCUUUAAGCAAUUGGAUGAAGGAGCGGAGGUUGAGGAAAUAAUACUCCCCAGUUCAAUUAAAAAUCAGCAAGAUUCGGAGAGCUCAGAAGGAGCAAGUUCAGGCCUCCCAGUUGUUGAAGCAAGGUCUCUUGAUGACGUUACAAUGGCCUUUAAGCAAUUGGAUGAAGGAGCUGAGAUUGAGGAAGUCAUACUCCCCAGUUCAAUUAAAAAUCAGCAAGACUCGGAGAGCUCGGAAGGAGCAAGUUCAGGCCUCCCAGUUGUUGAAGCAAGGUCUCUUGAUGAUAUUCAUAACAUUGUUAAGCAAGUUGUGGAAGAAAAUCAUGAAGAGGCGCCCGAGCAGAUCGUGGAGUCUGAAGUGACCCAAGAAGUGAAGGAAGUCAACUCCACAGUGGCCACAACAUCAGAACCUGAAGUUCAAGGAAUCGCCUCUGUGGUUUCUCCUGGUGAACCAAGAGAUGCUGAAGUUUCAACUUCAAAGCCAUCAGACUCGAGUGAGGAAAAGGUGAGGUCUCGCAAGUCCAACUCGGGUUCCAGCUCCAGCUCCAGUUUGAGCUCGAGCUCAAGUGACUCUGAUUGAAUAUGAGAUUCUGGAUAUCUUUCUUUUGGUUUCGGAAAUGAUGGGAUUUGGUUUUUUAGUUCGAUGCCAUCAGGUUUCUGGCUUAGCCCUAGUUGCUUCCCUUGAUGCCCUUUUUUAAUUUAAUUCCACUUCCCUGACUGAUUGGUUUACUGGAGAAUGAGUUUUGAGUUUGUGGAGUGAGUGAUUUGUGAAAAGCUGUGUUUUUUAUUUGUAAUUUUGUAAAUUAUGAUUAUGGUUAUAGAAGCUGCUGUAUGAUCACUUCUGGGCUGAAGGAUUUCCAGUUUUUGUGUACUUCAUUUCUGGGAGUUGGGAAUGUGUAACAGAAAUUUUAAUUGUUGCUUGGACU